AUGCCAGCACUACCUCCGCCCGUUCCCGACCCGGCAACAUCAGCAUCACUGCUCCGCCGCCAGUCCAACGCCAACUUCGGCUACAUCCCGCUCACCUACAAAGGCCUCUCAUCCGGCCCACCGCCCGGCACAGUCGUAGGCAUCGUGCUCGGCUCGGUAGCCGGCUUCCUGCUCCUCAUGUGGCUCCUAUCCGCCCUGACGGGGCUCAACGGCCGCCGCAACCAAAUCCACGGCGACGAAGAGAUCGUAGCGCGGGAGCGCAAGGCGCCGGCCCACGGCCACCGCAGCCGGCGCGGGAGCACGCGCCCCGAGGUGCGCGAGGUGCGCGAGCACAUAGUCGUCAUGGACGAGGGCGGCGGCGACGACCGCCAACACCGCCGCCACAGCCGCAGGCGCAGCAUGCCGCCCCAGCCGCCCCAGCCCCGCCCCCGCAGCCGCAGCGUCCUGGUCGAGGAGCGCGUGCGCGAGUCGGAGCACCGCGUUGCCGGCGACGACGUCGUCGAGGUCAUCGAGGAGCAUAGCCCCCCGCGCACGGCGCGCCGUGGCUCCCGCCGUGAGUCUUACAGGUCAGUCGACCCCAUGGUGCAUCCUGGCAGUGACUACGUGCCGCGCGGCCGCAGUUAUAGCCGCCACUCGCGCUACUCGUAGUGCUUUUUUUUUUUCUGUCUUCCUUCCUUUUUGUGUGCGCGCGCUCUUUGAAGAGCCGUCGCUGAACUGUGUGCGCGCCUGCAGGAGACCGUACAUUUGAUGC